UCUUUUCAACAUUUAAACAUUUAUCAAUCUGCUGAAAGGUUAUCCAUUGAGUGCUAUCAUCAUUACAUCAAAAUGCUACUGCUGCGUUUUACAUAACCAAAGUAGAAUCCACAUAAAUACCAUCUUUUAGCUGGUUAGGAUUUAUACAAGAUAAAAAUUUAUGAUUAAUACCUCCCCCUCAGAAGCCUGAAAAUCAAAUUCAGAAACAUAGAAAAAGCAAAGGAGGCAACUAUGGAAGAAUUAAAAAUAUCAAAGGCUUCAACAUUGAAUGGAAUCCCCUUGAUAGGAAUAUUCAACUGAGCCAGGAACAAUAAGGCUUAUUGGAAAACAAUUAAUGAGAUGAAUAUUUCUGAUCUAGAGUAUGGUCAAUGCCUCUAAGAGGCUCUUGAACAACUAAAAUGACCCCAGUAAUCUCUGGUCAGUGGAUCAAGGUCUUCCCCCCUCUAAACUCACUGGAGAUGAGAUACGAGCACUGUGCCAGUAUUUCUUUGUGGAGAAGAAAGUUUCAAAGAACUCUGACUCCUGUGAAUUACCAAGAUGGAGAAUAAGGCAACUCAUUAAAUAUUUAAAGAAAAAUAUCAGAAAGAAUCAGGAUAGAGGCUUAAACUCAAGCAAUUAGAGGGCACAAGGUGAGACUAGAGCAUAUUGACUUUGCCAAUAUUAAUCCAGUAGCUUGCUCGAAAUGCCUUAGAAACUGAGCAUGGGCUUUUAUUAACCAGUAGGAUAUUUAGAAACAAUUUAUGGGAUUAGUUGAUCAUUUCUGGUUCUCCUCCAUAACUCCACCUCUUCCUCUCUAUUUCAUCAUCACAUUCCAGCUCAGGAUUCAUAUUAUAUUUGUUUUCCAAUUUUCAUAUUCAUAACUUUUCGGCUCUGCUUCUUCAUUUAAUUAUAGACCGCCUUAGAAAGUCAAAGCGAGCUAUCUAAUCAGCAUUAUUUGGCUGGUGGCAAUUGCUGAAGGUGUAUCUGCCAGAGUGUCUCCAUAUUAUCAUUAAACCAAUAUUUCAAGAC